AUGAUCGAAAAAACGUUUCACAUGCGGAUUUUUUAUAUUGUUCCGCUUGCAUUCAUUGCGUUUCUAACCGUCGUUGACUUUUAUUACAACAUCAAACUUCAGGUAACUCCCAAAACAAAAAAAGUAUUAUUAUAGAACAUUGAACAUUUUUCAGGAUGACCCAAUUGCUUGUCGUAUUCAUGCUUUUGCAUUGUACUUGGUCUCUGUGAAAAUUUCGGAACAUUGUUUCCAAAAAUGGUCGGUCCCUAUUAUUGUCUUCCAACAUCUCAAUCUUUAUCUCUUCUAUCAAACUUGGAUUAGUCACGAUUUGGUAAAGCUUCAAAAGAAUCACAGUGAGUUUGGGAAAAAAGGAUGGGCUAAGAAUCUGAAAUCUUCUAAUCAACUAAUUUUCCAUUUUCAGUGGAACUCACCGAAGAAUUCUACAAAACGUUCUCCCUUCUCUUUGCUCCGGCUCUCCAAAUUUUCGGUUAUUUCAAAAUGAUGAAAGCCUUAAUCACAAAAGGCAUUCAUUUGUCAACUGAUGAUUGGCCAAUUCACAGAGGAUAUGUAAAACAUUUGGGAAUCUGCAAAUUUUUCGCAAUGACUGAUAUGAUGGUUUUGUUGUCAAUGACUGCUAUUCGUUAUCCAAACAUCUAUCCUGGAGUUAGUGUAAGAAUUUUACUUAUUUGGAAUUCAUUUUUUCAAAAAAAAAAAUAAACAAAAAAAUUCCAGGCUCACCCAAUCGAUGCAACACUUCUCAACUACACAACAAUGAUCUGCUGUCUUUUCGGAAUUACUGGAAUGAUUUCAUAUUCUCUUCCAAACUAUUACAUCUACAUGGUUUUCCGUAUCUUCGAUGGCUUCUACAUUUUCUACAUUGCCUUCACUUCUUCAACUGAACAACAUAGAUUCUUUGAAAAUGGAAGCUUCUUGGAUGGACUUAUUGAUAUUGCCAAGUUUUUGAUUUUUGAUUUGAUUGGAAAUCCAAAGUGUAUUCCAUCGAUUAUGCGUCUCUCGGUUACCCCAUUCUUGAUUCUUCUUAACAAGAAAUUCCACUACAUGAAGUGAGUUUUUUCAAGGAACUUAUACUAAGUUAAACUACCUUUGGUAUUCCGUAACCCUUUUCCAACUUCUUUUUUUUCCAGUGAUUUGGGAAGUGUCACCCACUUGAACCCUCUCAGAUAUUUCUACAAAUAUCGUACUCGCCGCAAUCCAAGUCUUCAACGUCAACGCUAUGUUAUGGAAAUGGAGAUUCGUGAUCUCUCACCACAACCACCAGAGUAUCCAAAUUUGCAUCCAGAUGAGGACUAA